AUGUACUUGGCUCUGAUCAUUUCUGUAUUUAUCUCACCGAUCAAUGCCAUUAUCAUAAGUCAAGUUCAUCGAUCUUCAUCGUAUCAAACCAAUUCUUCUUGUGCUCGUCUUUCAAAUAUCACUUUAGCAGCCGAUGCAUCGAUUCAAUCUUGUAUUUGGGAAUGUGCUCACAAAGAUCAAUGCCAAACAGCUGUUUAUUAUCAUGACAAUCGAAGUUGUUUAUUGUAUAGCGAAGAUUGUCAAUCGGGUAAUAUAACAUCAUCUAGAGACGUUCGAGCGAGUGUUAUUUGUUAUCGAACAAAUCACGGAUCGAAUAAUCAAUGUUCUCCUCCAGGCUGGACAACGACUGGAACGAUGAGUGUUACACGAUAUUAUCAUACAGCAUCGACAUUAUCAAAUGGAAAAGUCUUAGUCACUGGUGGAUCGAAUGGUAUAUAUUUGAAUAGUGCUGAAUUGUAUGAUCCAUCAACUGGUAGUUGGACAACGACUGGAACGAUGAGUGUUGCACGAUGUUAUCAUACAGCAUCGAUAUUAUCAAAUGGAAAAGUCUUAGUCACUGGUGGAUAUCUGAAUAGUGCUGAAUUGUAUGAUGCAUCAACUGGUAAUUGGACAACGACUGGAACGAUGAGUGUUGCACGAGGGUAUCAUACAGCAUCGAUAUUAUCAAAUGGAAAAGUCUUAGUCACUGGUGGAUAUCUGAAUAGUGCUGAAUUGUAUGAUCCAUCAACUGGUAAUUGGACAACGACUGGAACGAUGAGUGUUGCACGAAGGUAUCAUACAGCAUCGAUAUUAUCAAAUGGAAAAGUCUUAGUCACUGGUGGAUACAAUGGUAGUGUUUAUCUGAAUAGUGCUGAAUUGUAUGAUGCAUCAACUGGUAAUUGGACAACGACUGGAACGAUGAGUGUUGCACGAAGGUAUCAUACAGCAUCGAUAUUAUCAAAUGGAAAAGUCUUAGUCACUGGUGGAUCGAAUGGUAUAUAUUUGAAUAGUGCUGAAUUGUAUGAUCCAUCAACUGGUAGCUGGACAACGACUGGAAAUAUGAGUGUUACACGAGUGUAUCAUACAGCAUCGAUAUUAUUCAAUAAAACAGUAUUAGUUACUGGUGGAUGCUGUUAUACCAACACUGCUGAAUUAUAUUGA